GAGGGCUCCGAGGGGAGGCCGGGGAACCACAAACAGCAGGCCGGAAGAGAGCCUGCCUCUGCCCUCCCUUUGCAACAGCUCGGCGCUUCAGAGCCCAGUGCAAGUGGGGGCAGGGGGCUGGUUAGUUAGCUGCUUAGUUCAAGCUUCUUGCUCCUGGACUCGGAUUUCUGCUGACAGCCCCAAUCCAGCUGGCGGGACUGGAUCUGGGGUGUGCACCAGGGGUGGACCACUGCCCAGUGCUGCCCUCUCAGGCCUGCUGCAAGGGGCACCGGGACCCUGCUGGACCCAGGCUAACGGCCUGGGUUAACCGCUGAGGCUAACCGCUAAGGGAGUUGCCCUGGCACCUCAGAUCCUGGCUGGGAAAGGCAAGUCCGGCCAGUGGGGGCAGGGCCAGGGCUCCUGGAAUCUGGAUCUGCAGGCCGAGUUGGACGUGCUCCAUGCCCAUGUCACCUGGAGAAAAACUGGACCCACUUCCUGACCCUUUCAUCCUGCAGCCGCCCAUCUUCCACCCGGUGGUUCCUUAUGUGGUGACAAUUUUCGGUGGCCUGCGUGCGGGCAAGAUGGUCAUGCUACAGGGAGUGGUCCCUCUAGAGGCACGCAGGUUCCAGGUAGACUUCCAGUGCGGCUGCAGCGUGCACCCCCGGCCGGAUAUCGCCAUCCACUUCAACCCUCGCUUCCACACCACCAAGCCCCACGUCAUCUGCAACACCUUGCACUCGGGGUGCUGGGAGGCCGAGGCCCGGUGGCCCCGCGUGCCCCUGCAGAGAGGAGCCCCUUUCCGCCUCCUCUUUCUCUUUGGAAACGAGGAAAUGAAGGUGAGUGUGAAUGGACAACACUUUCUCCACUACCGCUACCGGCUCCCGCUGUCCCGUGUAGACACCCUGGGCAUAUUUGGUGACAUCCUGGUGGAGGCUAUUGGAUUCCUGAACAUCAGCCCAUUUGCGGAGGGCGGCAGCGAGUACCCAGUUGGAUACCCUUUCCUGCUGAAGAGCCGUAGCCUGGAGGUGCCCUGCUCGCGUGCCCUUCCCCGGGGUCUCUGGCCCGGACAGGUCAUCAUGCUGCGGGGGCUGGUCUUGCCGGAGCCCAAGGACUUCACACUGAGCCUGCGGGAUGAGGCCGCUCAUGUGCCCGUGAUGCUCCGGGCUUCCUUCGCAGACAGAACUCUGGCCUGGAUCUCGCGCUGGGGGUGCAAGAAGCUGAUCUCAGCCCCCUUCCUCUUCUAUCCACAGCGAUUCUUCGAGGUGCUGCUCCUAUGCCAGGAGGGAGGGCUGAAGCUGGCGCUCAACGGGCAGGGCCUGGGCGCCACCAGCCUCCAGCGGCAGACCCUGGAGCGACUGCGGGAGCUCCGGGUCAGUGGUAGUGUCCAGCUCUACUGCGUCCACUGCUGAGGAGUGAGCCAGGGACCCCACCAGGGAAGGGGAGGGCCAGGCCCAGCACCCCUUGGUGUAGCUCCACUCUCUACCCUUCCUUGAACCGUGUACCUGUCACCACCACCAGAGUCUGCAGGGGCUUUGGGUCCCACAGCAGAGGGAAGGCUCCUCCAACUCGGGGCCCCCUCCACCAGGAGCCUGGGACUUGGCUCUCUCCUCCUGCAGGCUCUAGACAGGGGGCAGGGGGAGCAGCCUAACAAGGACACUCAAAGGUACAGCGGCUAAGGGGCACCCGGGUGGCUCGGUCAGUUAAGCAUCCAACUCUUGGUUUCAGUUCAGGUCAGGAUCUCAAGGU